AUGCAUGUGUUAGAAGUAUUAGAAUCACAUCGUAGAAUUUCCAGAAUAAGAUUUUUAAAGCCUAUUCUUAAAAUUGAUACACGUUGGAAUUCUAUACUAGCAAUAUUUGAGAGAUACCUUUAUUUGCAUCCGGCAAUUCAAGAGAUGAGCUCUAAAGAACCAUCAAUGCCCACUUGCUUAGAUGAUGAAAGCUUGACAGUUCUCAAGUCCUUUCGUCAGCUCCUUAAACUGUUUAAAAUUGCCACAUCAGUUCUUUCGAAAGACCAAUCAAAUUCAAUUUCUGACAUAUUAACAUUGGAUCGCUUGAAAGCAAUACUAAUUGAAGUUAGUAGUUAUAAUAAUCGUGAUGCAGAAAUGGUUGUCAAUGAUAUUCGCAAAAAACUUAUUACAUAUGGAGCAAAAUAUUCCAGCGCAAAUACAAUAGAAUUUGAGUUAGAACUGUAUGAAAGUAAACUUCCUGAAAACUCAGAUGAUA